CCCGGAAGUCCGUUUUCUUACCAUGUGUAACCAUUCUGUUUCUGAAGCUCAUGUGAAGGAAGCUGUUUUCUGUAUCAGAUAUCGAGGUGAAUGAAAUGACGACUGCGUUAUUCAGUAAUGAUGGGGAGGAAGCGAUUCACCGAAGCCUUACGACUACAGACAAUGACGUAAUCAAGAGCCCAGAGGAAUCAUUGGAUGAGGUCUAUGAAACUGAAAAGACUAUUUCUUUCAUUCAGAAGACAGGUGCCAGGAAGGUUGCGCUGCAGUUUCCUGAUGAGCUUUUGGUUGAUUCUGUCACCGUCUCAAAAAAAUUAGAAGCUGCAACAGGAGCUAAAACCUACAUCUUAGGGGACACUUCGUAUGGCAGCUGCUGUGUAGACGAGGUGGCUGCCGAGCAUGUUGGAGCUGAUGCCCUUGUACAUUAUGGCCGGGCAUGUCUCACUCCUUGCACCCGCUUGCCCGUCUCUUACGUUUUUGGGCACAAGAAAGUUGACAAAGAUCUUUGCUCUUACACCUUCCGGAACCUCUAUCCUGACACAAAGAGCCACGUGGUAGUUCUCAGUGACGUGGUGUAUAGUCAUAUUAUAGAUGACUUGAAGUCCCUCUUGGCCUCGGAUUACACCAAUGUUGUCUUCUCCAAACUGACCUUGCAAGGAGAGACACCUUCUCCAGAUGAGAUCUGCAAGUUUGGUCGCACUUUCUCUCCAGAGCCAAACCUCUGGCCUGCGGGUUACAGCAUUUUCUAUGUGGGAGGUGAGGGACCAACUCUCAGCAAUCUUAUGUUGACCUGGCCCAGCUGCUCCUUCUUCAGUUUUAACCCAGAGACAGGGGAGGGCAGGAAAGAAGGUCUCAGAGUGAAUAGUGCUUUAAUGAAACGGUUUUAUUUGAUAGAAAGAGCCCGUGAUGCCAAAGUGGUUGGCAUUUUAGUGGGCACACUGGGAGUCACAGAUUACCUUUCUGCACUAAACCAUCUGAAGGACAUUAUUCAUCGUGCUGGCAAGAAAAGUUACAUGCUUGCCAUGGGAAAGCUAAACCCAGCUAAACUGGCCAACUUCCCAGAAAUUGAUAUAUUUGUGUUGGUGGCCUGUCCAGAGAGCUCGCUGCUUGACUCCAGUGCUUUCUAUAGGCCAAUUGUGACUCCUGACGAGAUGGAGGUUGCAUGUAACCCCGCGCGGGAGUGGAGUGGCUACUGCAUCACUGACUUCAAGGAGCUACUUCCAGGUGGAGCUGCCCAUGUGGAGUUUCCAGAGAUUGACCCAUCAGACGCUGACUACACAGAUGUGUCAUUAAUCACAGGGAAGUUAAGAUCUUAUGGACUCUCUGAGGAAAGGGUGCCAGGCACAGAGCCGUGUAAGACGCUAGCAGAGAGAAACAAUGCUACAACAUUGGCGGAAAUGGGACCUGCAGCCUCAUAUCUGGCCUCCCGUACCUGGCAGGGAUUGGACAGAGCUUUAGGUGAAACGCCGGUUGUCAAGGCGACAGAGGGGCGUAGAGGAAUCGCCAUUGCCUAUGAGGAUGAAACCGGCAGCUGAUCAGCAGAGAUGUGUGAAAGACUGAAUCUCAUUACCUAAGUGUCAAGUGCGGCUCAGUAAAAGGUCAUUAGUAUUAGGUUGUAAAGUGAGGAUCCGAGACGGCGCAGCAGAGCGCACCAUAGUCAUGAGUUUAAUAUUCAUCAACUACAAGACCAAAAGGCAAAGAAAGUGAAACGUCAGUGUAUGGGAAGGUGGGGGACCUUGGUAUAAGGGCAUGUCUGUGCAUUAUAGACGGGAAGUUCCCUGUAAAUUCUACUAACUGUACUUAAAGCGAUAUGAAACCCAUUUUAUUUUCUUUCAUGAUUCGGAUAGAACAUACAAUUUUAAUUCUAUUAUCAAAUGUACUUUGUACUCUUGAUAUCCUUUGUUGAAUGACCAGCAAUGCACUACUGGGAGGUAGCUGAAUGCAUCAGGUGAACCAAUGAGAAGAGGAAUAUAUGUGUAGCCACCAAUCAGCAGCUAGCUCCCAGUAAUGCAUUGCUUCCCCUGAACCUACCUAGGUAUUCUUUUAAACAAAGGAUACCAAGAGAACAGAGCAAAUAAUAAUAUAAGUAAAUUGGAGAGCUGCAUGCUUUAUCUGAAUCAUGGCAGAAAAAAAAAUUGUGUUUCCUGUCCUUUUAAAGGGCCCUUCUAGUGAUAAAAAACAAGCAUUUAAUUUGUAAGUGCUUGUAAUUUUACCACUAGCGAUGCUGCAAGUCUAUGCGUUUUAACCCUGCAAAGGGGGAAAAAAACACAUAGUUAAAGUACCAGAACCAACUGUUCUCUGCAGCUUCCAAUUGUUACUUUUAUAUGUUUAAUCCCUUUGGGGAGGGGAAGGUUAAUAAUAAAGACUUGCGUGUGUGUUUAAAUUAUACAAUGUUUUCAUUAUAAUUGCCCUUUAAAAGGGAAUAAACACUUGUAAUUACAAGACUUUUCUGCAGUCUUGCAAUAAAUUAACUUACCAAACAAGUGUAAAAGUUUUCUUGAUACAUUAACACUUUACACUAAUUGGUUUUAAUUAGCCAAAAUCUCCCCCCACUUGCCCUAUUUGUAGGAGCCAAUCGGGACUUGUUACUGCAGUAGGCACAGCUAGCCACAGCAUUGUUAUGCAGUAUCUUCUCUUAUCACAUUUGCUGAGGCCAAUAAGCAGCAGAUAUGUAGCAGCGUUAGGCUCAUGAAGUCAGCAUUGUGCACCAGUUCUCAGAGCUAAAUUACAGGAAAAGUGGGCAAUUUUUUUUUAUAAAUCUUAAAAGUAUCUUUAAUUCAAGAGAACAAGAUCAGGAAAUCAUGUUGCAUACAAUUAAAGGGAUAGGAAAGUCCAAAUUAAACUUGCAUGAUUUAGGUAGAGCAGGUCAUUUUAAGACACUUUUAAAUUCACUUCUAUUUUCAAAUGUGCACUCCAUCAGAUGAGAAAAAUAAGCAGUCUGUAGACAGAGCUAUUAAAUUGUUGCAAAGUAUUUAUUCAAACAACAAAUCUACAGGUAAACACAGGUAUUUUCAAAUGUGCUUUGUUCUCUUAGUAUCUCCUUGUUAAAAAAAGAAUACGCACAUAUCGUAUACUAGUGGGAGCUGCUGCUGAUUGGUGCCUGCACACAUUUGUCUCAUGUGAUUGGCUAACUAGAUAUUUUCAGCUUCCUGUCAGUAGUGCAAUGCUGUUCCUUCAGCAAUGGAUAACAAGAGAAUGAAGAAAAUUUGAUAAUAUAAGUACAUUUGAAAGUUGUUUAAAAUUAUAUGUACUGUCUGAAUCAUAAAAUAAUUUUUGAGCUUAAUUUUUUGAGCUUAUUUUACCUUUAAUGGCUGUCACGGCUGAAUGUUUACAGAAAUCUCCCAGGAUUUAAUGAAGUUUUAUCAGAAUUGUCUCUACUGCAUUAUAUAUUUCCCAUUUUGUUCUCUUAAAGGGACAGGAAACCCAAAAUGUUUCUUUCAUGAUUCAGAUAGAGAAUACAAUUUUAUUACAAGACCAGAGACUCAUAUUUUGCUUUCUUUCCUUUACUACUUAAAUGCAUUUAAGUAGUAAAGGAAAGACAGCAAAAUACUUGUCUCUGUGUCUUUAAUAAAAUCUAGAUUAUACCUUCAUAACUUAGGAUAAUCCGAAUUUUAUUACAAGACCAGAUACUCAUAUUUUGCUUUCUUUCCUUUACUACUUAAAUGCAUUUAAGUAGUAAAGGAAAGAAAGCAAAAUACUCGUCUCUGUGUCUUUAAUAAAAUCUAGAUUAUACCUUCAUAAUUUAGGAUAAUCUGAAUUUUAAACCAUUUUCCAAUUUACUUCUAUUAUUUAAUUUGCCUCAUACUUCAGCAAUCCUUUGUUGAAGAAAUAGCAGUGCACAUGGGUGAACCAAUCACACGAGGCAUCUAUGUGCAGCCACCAAUCAGCAGCUACUGAGCCUAUUAAGAUAUGCUUUUCAACUAUAGAUAUCAAGAAAUGAAGCAAAUUAGAUAGUAGAAGUAAAUUUAAAAGUUGUUUAAAAUUGCAUGCUCUUUCUAAAUCUGAAAUAAAAAUUUGCGUUUCAUGUCCCUUUAAGAGCAAGCAAAGCUAUAAUGUCCUAUAAAAGAAGGCUGAGGCAUGCUCAGGUGUGUGCACUUGUACGGAGCACUAUUUGGUAGAAUUGUUGGUAAAAACAUGCUCCUGAGCUGAUACCCCAGUAUGCUCUCAUGUAAAGGAACUGGGGGCCUGAUCAUCUAAAUAGAUAAUCUAGAGAUGUUCAGGUGAUAUUUUCUAGUCAGCUUUUUACAGCUAAGCUGCAUCACUUUCAAAUGCUCCAUUAUUUGUGUAUCAUGUCCCUUUAGCUUGUAACCCUUUCAGUUUCAUUAUCAAUUUCCUUUUUAUUAAGUUAAUCAACGUCUAUACCAGCAGCUGAGUAUAAAAUGCUUGAUAAAUUGUUCUCUUGGGUUUACUUUUGUAUAUGAAAUAGCGAACAAUAAGAAAUUAACAUUGUCUCUAUGCGUAAAGAGACAUAUAACCCAACAUGUUUCUUUAAUGAUUCAGACAGAGCAUGCAAUUUUAAUUUUUAAUUGACUUCUAUUAUCAAAUUUUCUUUGUUCUCUUGGUAUAUUUUGUUGAAAAGCAGGUAGGUUAGCUCAGGAGCAUGCACGUAUCUGGAGCACUAUAUGGCAGCAGUUUUGCUAGAAUGUUAUCCACUUGCAAUAGCCCUAGAUUGCAGCAUAAUUUCCUGCCAUGUAGUGCUCCAGACAUCUACCUAGGUAUCUCUUCAACAAAGAAUACAAUGGGAACAAAGCAGUUUGAUAACUUUAAGAAACUUGGAAACUUUUUUAAAAUUGUAUUCUCUGUCUGAAUUAUACAAGAACAUUUUUAAGUUUCAUAUUCCUUUAAGUAUUGAAAUGUACAGUAUAGGUGGGGAUACCACUGGCAAAACAGCUUUUUCAAAUGUCAACAUAAAGAUAAAGGAGUGAUUUGUAAACAAUUUAAUAUAGUCCAGCAGGUAAAAUGAAUCAUUGGGAAUAAAUUAAAGGGUUGAACAUUUUACAGCACACUUGUCUUAAUGUGUAAAAACAAUGAGCAAAAGAGACGUCUUCUUUAUAGUCAUUUUUAUUCUAACAAAAUUUAGAAUUGCCAUUAUAUUUAUAUCAGGGCUUAAAAUGUCCUUUUUCCCACUCGCAUCUUGUGUUGCUGCACAGCGUCCUGUUGUUACUGUAAGGUGGGAGCCGGCUGCACGGAACCACCUUGACUGUGUGUUCAUGGGAGCCACCUCUACUGAUACAACCGUACAAGGGAGAGCGCCCCAUAAGCGGUACAUAAUUUCAUACGACUGCUUUGAUCCCUCCAAACAGAAAGGGGAGCACGCACCCUGCUCUUCCUAUUUGCACACUCUUAAACUUAGUGAUUUGUAAAGUUUAAUGACUUAUAUAGCUCAGUAUUAAAAAAUAUGUGCACUUCAGGUCAAGUCAUUAAACUUUACAAUUAUGCUUCUUUUUUAAAAUACUUACCUUUUUGUUACGGUAAACUUAUAUUUUUCAGUAUUUAGUUGAUCAAUGACAAAUCCGGGUUCUUCCAAUCGUGUGCCCCCUUUGGCCUCCAACUCAUGAGGCACACAAUGAUUGGAGGAAGCCAGAUUCGUCAUUGAUCAGCUAAAUACUGAAGGAGAUGCGGGCGGAGGAUCGGCGGUAAGUUUACCGUAACAAAAAGGUAAGUAUUUAAAAAAAGAAGCGUAAUUGUAAAGUUGAAUGACUUAAAGUGCCCAUGUAUUUAAGAGUAUUUUUUAAAUACUGGGCUUUAAGUCAUUCAACUUUACAAAUCACAUUCAUUUCCGUUCAGGUGCAAAGUCAGGACCCUUUAGAUGUCUACAAUUGCCAUUAUAACUAAAAGUGAUCGGUACUUCCAGCACAGCGACACGAGAUUUGAGAAACCAACAGUUGCUGUGGUAAUGACGCCCCCGCCCCCACUAUAUAGACCAAGGCCCAGCGGGUUGAUGGGCACCAGUAAGUGUUAUCACUAGGUGUAGGGCUUGGGCUGUGUGCUGCAGAAUCUGUUGGCGCUCUACAAAUAACCAAUAAUAAUCUGUGUUACCAUGUAUAAGGCCCAUGUGUGUAUUAUGUACAAAAUAUGUCUUUCAGCGUAUGUAUUAUGUUAUAAAUGUUUUAUGAAAUAAAAUACAAAGCAGAGUUUGUGUAUAA